GAAGAGGUGAUGUGUCCAAUACCAUCCCCUCCAGCAACCAGCCGUACACGACGCUCUACACAUGAAGAUGAAGCAACGAAGUACCAAGUUGAUGAUGAGGACAGUGAUGACAAUGGCUGUGAGCAGUUGCUCGGUGGAGUAAAACUAGGCGCUUACGAAGCCCUGAUACAGAAGAACAUCAACGACAAAAUGAAUGUCCUGCGUAAGCUAGGAAUAACAGAUGUGCAGGAAGGAAGGAAAUAUUUACUACCAAAAAAGGUACCAAAACCUCAACAAUUUGGUCUGAAACCAAAGAAAUUGAGGCCAAAAUCACCUGUUAUACGAAGAACAAGCUUGCGCAUAGCUGGAAUGAACCCAGUGGGGGAAAAGCUGCCUGAUAGACCAGGAUGGAGCCCUAAUUACCAACUGAAUGAACCGUUGGUCGAUGAACAUCCUCGUCCACCAGCAGGACCAAUCACUAUGGCUGAUAUUAAAAACAAAGACAGCUCAGAGAAUAGUGAAGAGACACUUGCCAGGUUGAAGGGUCUGUGUUCAGGAGAGAUCGGGAAAUACAACGGAUAUACAAGUUUGAAAAGUGUUGUGAAAUCAUUCCAAGCAAUGGCAAUCAGUGCUAAGCGGGUAGCCAAAGUUGUACCAGCACGCAUCUUCUCAGUGGCUAUCCAUCCAUCUGAACAACAAACACUUGUUUGUGCUGGAGACAAGUGGGGUCACGUUGGCCUCUGGGAUGUGGGUUCAAGUCUAGGCAGUAAUGGUGUGCAUCUAUAUGAACCCCAUUCAAGGCCAAUCUCCUCAAUAAAGUUUAAUCCUCAAGAUACUGGACACCUAUAUUCUGCAAGUUAUGAUGGAACAGUGAGAUAUGCUGAUCUUGCUAAAGGAGUGUUUAAUGAGGCAUAUGUCACUGAUGAAGAGGAUGACAUAAUGUGCAGAGAUAUAGACUUUUCGUCAGCUGAUACCUUUGUUGUUGCUCUUGGAACCGGAGAAUUUUGUUUGGUCGAUAGCAGAACACAAGGGUAUAAAGCCGAGAAAACCUAUGUAGCACACAGCAAGGGCUUGAGGACUAUCUCUGUGCAUCCAGUUGACAAGCAUUACGUCUUAACAUGUUCAGUGGAUGGUUUUGCAAAGGUAUGGGAUUUACGUCAUAUGGGGAAGAAGCCCAACUGCAUCGCCUCCCUUCCUCAUCCAAGGUCUGUUAGCUCUGCAUGUUAUUCACCAAUUACGGGAAAACAAAUUCUGACUACCUGCUUGGAUAACAGACUCCGAAUAUAUGACACUUCACAUUUGGAGGAUUCACAGAAAAAGUCACCACUUCUACAUUCCAUCAGCCACAACAACUACACUGGUCGCUGGUUAACAAGAUUUCAGGCUGUGUGGCAUCCAAGCCGGGACGACAUGUUCAUUGUUGGUAGCAUGGAUCGUCCGAGAAGGAUUGAAGUGUUUGACAACCAGGGGGAGCUAGUGAAUACUUUCUCUGAUCAAGAGUACCUAUGUUCAGUAUGCUCUGUCAAUGCUUUCCACCCAACAAGAAAUGUGCUUGUUGGUGGAAACUCCAGUGGAAGGUUACAUCUGUUCAUGUAAAACACCUUACAGAAGUCUGUGGCUAUAUGUUGUAAAUAAUACUGAUAACCAAUGAUUGAAUUAAUGGUGUAACUGAACUGUAUGGAAACAUCUGUGACAGUUAUUUGGCAGAAAUUUGUUGAUUUGACCAAAAUGUUGAAACAGUGGGUUAGAUUAUAUUUUUUCACACUAUAACCUCUACUUUAAUAUUGAUUUUUUUAUUGCAAGUCUCACAAUUAACUGUGGGUUUAAAUAACCAUUGCUUAAUUGACACAUAUAUUAUUGCUUAAUUAUAAUUGCAGUGAAGCUAUAGAAUUUAUACACUCUGAUAUAAGAGUAUGGAAAUGACUUGGUAACCAAAGUAAAUAAUAGUAAAUGUAAGUGAAAUAUAAUGUCUGCAACUUUCCUAUUUGACAGAUGUUUUUUACAUGUGCAAGAUUAAUGGGCUUGUCAAUAGCUAAAUUAUAGUUUUAUAUAUUAUAGCCUAUUGUCUAUAAUUAAAGAAAUAAAGCAUUGUAUAUAGUAUAGAUCUUAUUUUAUAAUAUAGCUCUUUUCAAACUAAAUACUUCAA